GAACGUUGACUGUGAUGGAGAUGAAGAACUUCGGCGUCGUCAGCAAGCAAAUGAGCAAUAUCAUGCCCGCCGGGGUCGCCUCCGUUCAGCAGGCUAGAAACCUCGCAGCCAACUUGAAAAUCCGUUUUCUCAGGGACGCCAAGCAGCUUCUCAAGCAAUCCGCAGAAUACGCCAGACAGUUUCGAACACGGCACGUUGCCCUGUGCAACUUCAAAGUCGCCAUCUAUUUCGACUUUGCCCAGCUGCCCGAGGUACUGGCCGACAACGAGGGGGUAACAGUUAAUGAAGAGGGUGGUUCCGUUGGAGACUUCGUUCUCAUGUACCCGCACAAGGACCCGAACAUCUUCCAUUACGCGCUGCUUGCCUUCUUUAAGAUGCGGUGA